UUUCAAAUCAGCUUCUCAUUUCAAAUCAGCCACCUUAUUAGACACAGCAAGCCCUGCUUAUAGGAAUGGCUCGCGUCUCUGGCUUCCAUUAAACACUAUAUCUGUCUUAUUCCGGCAUGAAAAUAGACGAAAGAGGCGCCGCAUGAAGGAGAUACACAACGAUGGGAACGCGAAGGCUGCCUCUUCCGCGAGCAACCAAGGACGACGAUUAUCGCAGAGUUGAGGGAGCAGCGACGGCGGAGAGAACGAGAGGCGACGCUCGUCUUGCUCGCCUUGCCGUUAGCGUCCCUCCGCACGGAGCAUACGGGCGCGUAGUGUUUCGGCGCGAGUGUGGGGCGUUUCGUACGGGGUGGCGCGCGCGAUUUCAACGUUGUUUAGUGGGCGAAUCGUUAAGCAGUCGUCGCGCGUUGUAUAGCGCACGAGCUCGGAGGAAGUAAGGAGAGCAGGCGGCCUUGGCGAAUUACAAGGGCUUGGUUAGCGGUAACCGCCGGCAGACAGUGGCCUCCUUGCGCGAAACUGGAUGCCUCUGGUACAGCUGCGGCACGGGCGCGGCUGCUUCUCCUCAACGCGCAUAUUUGAGAGCACGCGUAAUCGAAUGGUGGUGCGGCCGUGGCAGCUGGACGACAUCGUCAUCGAGGCAACUGACCGCCGAAAGGAAAUCCACCGUGCAGACUCGUAGCACGGAAUUUGCAACGCCAUGGCCUCGCCGCCCUGAGUGAACAUUGGACCAGCUGCACCAAAAAACUACUGACCGAAAAAAGCCUACAGCCUGCCAGACAAGACAGUUAUCGCCAUGGCCGGAGGCCGACGGGUUCGACGGUGGAAUGGCUGCGCCCACGUGCCCCAGCAUGGCCCGGACAGCGUUCACAGCUGGCUCAUCGCCGGUGCCUGCGCCCUGGCAUGCUUCUUCGCCAUGGCUGGGCGGCGUUCGGCGGGCUUCCUGUUCGUGGCCAUCCUGGACACCUUUCAAGUCAACAGGAGCGAGGGAUCGUGGCCCAUCAUGCUUAUGGGUGGCCUCGUCUACUUGGCGGGUCUUAUCACAGGACCUCUGGCGCACCGUUUCAACGCACGGCCGGUCAUCAUCGCAGGCGCGGUGAUCUCGGGUAUUGGUGCGAUGCUGAGCUUCUUCGCCAAUAGCAUCGCCAUCAUGACAGUGACACUUGGAGCGAUACAUGCCAUCGGGGCUGGUAUGGUGUUUGUCGUCUCGCCGACCAUAAUCAGCGAGCACUUCGUCAAGCACAAAGGUCUAGCAAUGGGCAUCAACUUUACCGGCGUCACAAUGGGCACGUUCGUCUUUCCCAAACUUCUCGAGUUCCUCACCAAGACGUACGGCCUGCGCGGUGCACUGCUCAUCUUCGGUGCCAUUGUAAUGAAUGGACUCGCGUUCAGUCUGUUCCCGCGGACACCCAAGUGGCGAAGCGCCCCACCCGAACAGAAGCAGGCCAAUGCGCAGAAUUUGUCGAUUACCUCUAGUGGGGAUAAGAAGCACGGGACUUUGCGCCACGGGCUCACUGUGUUCAAGCACCCCAUCUUUUAUCUCGUCAUGUACAGCUUCAUUGUUCACAGCUUCGGCUUCGAGUGUUACAUAUCAUUGUUCGUGGACUUCGCCGUAGACCGAGGCGUCGCCGUUUCCAGUGCAGUUACUAUGGUUUCUAUGGGAGCCAUCGCCGAAGCCCUCGGCAGGCUCACACUCCCGGCCGCCGUCGACCGUGGCUGGCUGACCAACAAGCAGCUCAUCGUACUCAUCUUUGCCGUCCAGGGUGGCAUGUUCAUAAUCCUACCUUUCCUCUACAUUCACGGGCUCAUAUUUACCGUGGCCGCCGUCAUCGCCUACACCAUUGGCACUGGUCUAGUGCUGUUCCCCGUCAUCCUCGCCAUUUACCUUGGCCAGGAAAGGAUGUCCAUGUCAUACGGAAUGGUCAUCGCCUCAGCCGGGCUGCUCUCGUUUAUAAAGCCCUCUGUGAUAGGAUACUUCCGGGACAACGUUGGAGCCUACGAUGUGCUUUUCGUCAUCUGCGGGUCGCUCAUAGCUUUUGCAGCUAUAAUAUGGAUCCUUGUGUUCAUGUGGGAAGCGAGAGAGAAGAAAAAAGAUAUCAUGGGCAAAGGUGGCUCGCUUGAAGGUGCUGAGACCGCUACACAAAUGUAGUAAUUAUUAUAUGAUGGUUUAAAUUAUGAAGUGGCAAACACACACUCGGUCAUUGUAGAAUAUGAAAACGCUAGCAGUGGUCAACGGGUGAAGUCGGCUUCCUGCCGCUGAAAUCCUCAUUCCUCGUUUUUUAUCGCCUUCGGCAUACGCGAGGGGAUUCAGACAGCUCCUCACUGCCACUCGCUCAGUGGCAGCAUGGGCGCUGCAUCCGUAAUUCAUACAUUCGAAAAACUGUAAUUAUAUUUCUGUAAAUUUCGCAUUAUAUCUGUGCAACAACGUGACAUUAUAUACCAUAUUGUCACAUUGUCGUGACGGUCAAGAACAAGCCAGUGUUACAAAUGUGAAUAACGAUUGUAGCUCUUUACUGGGCUAACCUGUGUGCAGAAAAACAGGUCGCUCUCAAAUCACCAUGAUAGCAGCGAAAAUCGUCGUUGGUCAUCACAAUCUGUACUACGGGUCAUGUGCUUCGGCUAUUUAUACAUGACACAUUGUAUAUUCCAGCGUAAUUACUGGUACUGGCUAACGUUUAACAACGUACACGAUAAUUCUGGUCGUGGGCGCAAUCUGAUCAGACAAGAAUCGUUCGCCAUAGAAUGGGUGAAGACAUUCAGGAAAGUUUCGACGCAUACGGUAUAUAUAUAUAUAUAUAUAUAUAUAUAUAUAUAUAUAUAUAUAUAUAAAAGGUGCCAUUGCAAAACCUACGGCGUUUCGUCGUCAAAUGUCUGGUGACCAAUCACCGCAGGACUUCAGAUCGUAUCUUGCGCCGUGUUCUUCAAUCCCCCCAACCUUUUUAUUGUUCAACAGCUUGGCUAACGUUAGCUGGGACACCAUAUAUGUAUAUUGAUUUACAAUUCCUACAAAUCUAAACUCACAGAGACGUGUUCCAAUGUUGUAUUGCUCUUAUUGAUCGUUACGCGCCGAAGAAGUUAUAUCGCUUACAUGUAUAUAUGCUUUAGGUGUUCAUAUUAUGUGAUUGCUUAAUUAGCUUUUUUUCUUGUUCUCUUAGGUAUUUUGUGAGAGCCUAAAUGCAAAUAAUUGCCUCACGCUGUUUUUGUAUCGGCCGGGACAUAAGCAAAUCCAUGACGCAAGCGUAUGUUGUGAACUUGUACAGCUGAAUAAAAAAUUCACUUCACAGAUAG